GAGAGAGAGAGGAGAGACUUGGUGUGAUUUGUUUAGUGAUCAGAGCCAAUAGAAACCCUGUGAUCACUAAAGUCUGUGAUAACAUCCCCAUGCACAUGACUGAGAGGAGCCAGAACCGAGACUUCAAACAGCCACUACCCUUCCACCCCCCUUACAGCAGCACACUUCUCAUGGGCAUCAGCAGCAGUGUGGACUCACCAGGGGCUCAGAAGUGAAGAUCUUCAUUGACUGCUACUGCUUCUGGAAUACCCUCACCAGCACACAGAGCCAGCAUUGCAGGGAUACUGCAAAAUAAAGAUCAUUUUGAUUAAGAACAGGAAAUAAUCCAAAGCUUAUAAAACUGACUUUCUUAGAAGAAACUGAAGGACAAGAGGAUGUCCUGGAAGCUUGUUAUUUUGUUCUUGCUGGCUGGAUUCCUCUUUACGGUUGUGGAAGCAGGGAAAAACCGACCGCAGGGGGUGAUUCCCUCACCGUACAAGGACAACGACAACACCUCGCACAAGCGGACUCGCAAACAGGAGGUCCUGGCUUCCAGCCAAGAGGCCCUCGUGGUGACUGAGAGGAAGUACUUGAAGAGUGACUGGUGCAAAACCCAGCCGCUGCGACAGACCGUCAGCGAGGAAGGCUGCCUGAGCCGCACCGUCAUCAACCGCUUCUGUUAUGGCCAGUGCAACUCCUUCUACAUCCCCCGGCACAUCAAGAAAGAUCAGGAGUCCUUCCAGUCCUGUGCCUUCUGCAAGCCACAGAAGUUCACAACUCUCACUGUUGAGCUGGACUGCCCAGAGCUGCAGCCGUCCUUCCGACAUCGGAAAAUCCAGCGGGUGAAACAGUGCCGCUGCAUAUCUGUGAACAUUAGUGAAUCGGGCAAGCAGUGAGACAGUCUUAUCAGGGUUUGCCAUGCAAAUAAUGCUUUAUUAUGAACUUUUAUUUCUUCUCAAGGGAGGGAUCAGUUAGAACUGAUUUUAGGGGGCUCCACAACAUGUGUUUCAGCACAAUACUGAACCUGAGCCAAUUAUUACUUCCAAGAAGGCGGCUUUAAAUAGUAACCCAAUUUAAAACACAAACACACACAUUAUAUAUAUAUUUGGAAAAUGUUCUAUAGACAGCUUCAGAGUUUACUACAUACAUUUGUGGACAUAAAUAAUCCUGGCAGCUGUUGUUCUAGAUAUACAGUAUAGAAAUAUAUUUAAAUUGUGUGCCUGAUUAUUAUUAUUUGUUUAUUUAGCAGACGCCUUUAUCCAAGGCGACUUACAGAGACUAGAGUGUGUGAACUAUGCAUCAGCUGCAGAGUCACUUUCAAUUACAUCUCACCUGAAAGACGGAGCACAAGGAGAUUAAGUGACUUGCUCAGGGUCACACAAUGAGUCAGUGGCUGAGGUGGGAUUUGAACCGGGACCUCCUGGUUACAAGCCCUUUUCUUUAACCACUGGACCACACAGCCUUCUGAUUAUAAUACUUGAUUAGUUUUAUGUACAACUUGCUCAGCUUUUAACAGCCAGAAAGCUGUUAGACUCUAUAAAGAAAAUAAUCAUAUGGCGCUUUUUUAUAUAUAUUUAGUCUUCUGAUAAGUACGUAACCUUGUGUGAACAAACUAAACAUCCUUAAAUGGAUUCACAUGACUGUUGACUUUUCAUAGUCUACACAUCUGCCAGCCUGGAGACGUUUUGUUUUGAAGACUGCUGCCUGAGACACGAUACCAAUAUGGUGCCAAAACAGAUAGGAGACUCCUUAAUGAGUCUGAUCGUGAUAAGAGAACACAAGCUGCCUGAGUGAGGUGCCUGGACUGUACUGAGCUCCGGCUCAGACAAGUAGUGUCUCAGAAAAGGACUCCACUGAAAAUAAUAUUGACAUAUUGAAAAAAUGAGAUAAUUAUACUUAUUUAAAGUAU